AUGCAGUUCAGCACGCUUGGGACUCCACCACAAGGUUUUGUCGGAGCAGGACUGGAGCCGAUCUGUCAGCGCUUCAGGAACCAGUACCAUUUUGCCACUUUGUAUCACAGACAGCAGCGGGCCCCAGUGUACUCCGCCUACAUCCUCAGACGUGCGGACGGAAAACGACCAAAUUCCACAUGGAUGUAUGAACCCCAGUUGGCAUUUUCCCGUUCUGACCCUGAGAUGAAACCUUUCCCCAAUUCAACCCUGGACAACAACAUCAUCGAGAGCCAGGCUGUGCUACCGGACUACAAAGACUCCAAUUACACCAAAGGGCAUCUAAAUCCCAGCAAGCACCAGGAGAGCAAAGACAACCGAAUGGCCACCUUCACUUUGACCAACAUUGUCCCUCAGCGGGCCGGCUCCAACUCGGGGCCCUGGAGUCAGCUGGAGCAGGAAGUGUUGAGGCGAUUCAAGAGGGCUUGCAUUGGACCCAUGUACGUCAUCACCGGAGGGAUGCCUUAUAAGGAUUCGAAUCGCUGGGUUAAUAAUCGAGUUUUAAUCCCAGAAUACAUGUGGUCAGCCUAUUGUUGUCCAUUUUACAAUACCACUCUCUCAAACCGCACCCAUUUUCCUUCAUAUGCAGCAGUGGGGAGGAAUGACCGCUACAGUGACCAGGAUAUUUUGCCCAUAAAGGCCCAGUCAAAGCAUUCAAAGUGGGGCUACGAUGUGAGGCGCAUGUCCUUGGGGUCUCUAGAGGAAGUGUUGACGCGGCGACUGGCCACGCCCAUCCGUCUGUUUCAGGACCAGUGUCAACAGCUGCCACAAUAA